GCCACUUCUGCGUCACUGAGUACGCACGGCGCACAGCCUGUUGCUGCUGGGAGAGGAGAGGCUGUGCGCUCACGCCCUCCUCAUUCAACAGGCACCGAGUGGACACUUGUCACAUGUAAGGCUACUGUUUCACCGCAUCUCUGUCAUUGGGGUACAGAAAUACCGGAGACCUCCCCCCCCCCCAAACAACUGCAGGAACCAGUGGCGGAAGACGUCCGCUUGUUAGGAGGUGGCGGUGCCUUGCGCGCCAUGGUGCCUGGACGCAAAUCCUCUCCCGCGGUUCCAGCUUCACACCUCGUUUGGUAGAGAGCGAGUCGACCGCGGAGAGGGAGACGCGGGGGGAAGAGGAUGGCAGCUGCACAGAACGGAUCCAACGCGACUUCCAACUACACCAACCAGUUCGUGCAGCCGCCGUGGCGCGUCGCCCUCUGGUCCGUCGCCUACAGCUCGGUGCUCGCGGUGGCGGUGUUCGGCAACCUCAUCGUGAUCUGGAUCAUCCUGGCGCACAAGCGCAUGCGGACCGUGACGAACUACUUUCUGCUGAACUUGGCCUUCUCGGACGCGUCCAUGGCCGCGUUCAACACCCUGAUCAACUUCAUCUACGCCGCCCACGGGGAGUGGUACUUCGGCGAGGCCUACUGCAAAUUCCACAACUUCUUCCCGGUCACGUCCGUGUUUGCGAGCAUCUACUCCAUGACCGCGAUCGCUGUGGACAGGUACAUGGCCAUCAUCCACCCUCUGAAGCCUCGUCUCUCGGCCAAAGCCACCACAGGAGUCAUCGUCUGUAUCUGGAGUCUGGCCGUGGUUCUGGCCUUCCCUCUCUGCUACUUCUCCAGAAUCCGAGCUCUGCCCCCCAGGACGCUCUGCUACGUGGCCUGGCCGCACAUGGCCGACGACCCCUUCAUGUAUCAUAUCAUAGUGAUGGUUCUGGUCUACAUGCUGCCUUUGGUGGUGAUGGCCAUCACUUACACUAUCGUGGGGGUGACGCUGUGGGGAGGGGAGAUCCCAGGAGACUCAUGUGAUAACUAUCAUGGGCAGCUCCGGGCUAAAAGGAAGGUGGUGAAGAUGAUGAUCAUUGUGGUGGUGACCUUUGCCCUUUGCUGGUUGCCCUACCAUGUCUACUUCAUUGUGAUGGGUCUCAACAAGCGCCUGAACAAGAAGAAGUACAUCCAGCAGGUUUACCUGUCAGUGCUGUGGCUGGCAAUGAGCUCCACCAUGUACAACCCCAUCAUCUACUGCUGCCUCAACAGUAGGUUUCGAGCGGGCUUCAAGCGAGCAUUCCGUUGGUGCCCAUUCAUCAAGGUGUCCAGCUACGAUGAGUUGGAACUACGCUCCACGCGGCUGCACCCGACGCGCCAAAGCAGCAUGUACACGCUGUCACGAAUGGAUACCACCAUGGUGGUUGUUUACGACCCCGCCGAGGGCGACGGCGGUCCCGGUGGCAGCUCUGGGAGGAAGCACUCCCUGUCCUCGAGGAAGAGGAGCUACAUCACGUCUCGCCACUCCGAGAUCACCGGCUGCAACGGUGGCGUUGCGAAGACACAAAACGGAGGUCCCCCAGGCGCUCAACCUGUGGAGUUCUCUUAAGGAGCAUUUCCACAGAAGUGCAUGUGACAUAAUACACACACACACAGACAUGUGCAUGUAAGAAAAAGAUAUACUCACUCAUUACACGCUGUAAAUACAAACAUUGCACAUUGUGUUUGAUCAAUGUAGACAUAGAAGCAUUGUACCAAGGUUGAAGAGAUUACUUUAACGUGCAGCAAAUGAGCAGCUGGAUAUAGAAAUUAUUGAUUCUUGGUUAAUAUAGUUUUUUGGUUUUUUUUUAAUACUUUGGAGCAUGGAUUACAGAAUGGGCCCUCUAGGCACAGAGCCUAUGAUGGAAUAUCCCUAUCACAUAUUAAUUUUUUGAUCAUCAUCCUUUAAUAGGAUAUAAAUGUUGGAAAUCUGCUGAUAUGACAAUGAUCAAUUAUAUAUUUUAUUAUUAUUCAUCUUUGUAUCCAUUGUACAGCUGUACAGUACUUAGAAUAUAGUAAAGCUAACUUGAAAUAAGUAAAGCAAUUUAUGUCUGACAUCAGAAUUGUUCCACAGUGAUUGGUAGGAUAAGGGUCCUUUUCAUGUCUGUGCCCAGUGAUAUGUUGUCUCAUUAUCUGUCCACACUCAGGAGUAGCCUUAGCCACAUACAAAGAUGCACGACACUCACGCUGAAUGGUACAUUUCUGUGUGCUUUCCCCUUGAAGUUACACAUUCAAGUUUUCCUCUUAUACAAUCAGGGUUUCUCUGUUUUACUAAAUUCUUCUUCAGCUAAAAAUUCAGCUUUGAUUGUAAUUAGCAAUCAUUGCACUGCCGCUCUGUCUUGGUCCCGUGAUUCGUCAAAACACAAUGAAAUGAGUUAGUUCUGCUUGGAGAUACCUACAUGCUGGUAUGGAGAUAAUCUGAAAAUACAUCAUGGUGAUUGUAAUUAUGUAAGUAUAUUAUUGAUUUCAUUUCCAUCAGCAAGUAUAAACUAUGGACUUUUUUUCAUCCCGUUCAGAGGAUGCACUCUGUAUCAGUCUAUUUCUCCCCGAGGCCACACAUGAGUGAGAGUUGUCAAUGGAAGAGCUGAACUCUGUUUGGCUCUACACACCAUGUGUCUCUGAGUUUGGCUCUGAAUGUAUUGAAAUGGAGUUUGGCUUUUGGUUAUGUAACUGUAGAAAUGAGCGUGUUUCCUGCAAUGAGCCAGAGGCCAAAUCCAAUGAGCAUUUGUAGCACAUGAAGGAAGAGGUUGCUGGAGAAUUAGCUGAGCAAACUAAACAACUAGAGACUAGAGGGUCAGUGUCUCUCUUUCAAUUUCAUCAUAGUGAAAGAUUAAAAAAAGCAACUUGUGGAGUGAAAUGCAGUAAACCGUGGUUUUAUUGUUCUGUAAUGUUCUUUUAAAUACCUUUACAGUGCUUUGUUGUAUCUUAUUUCAACUCCUUGCUUGACUGCACAUCAUGGUCAUUAUCUCACACCCGGCACAAAGCAGCGCCAAACACCGAUCCAGCAUCCUCAGUUAAAAAAUAAAAAUAAAUAAGCCAUUGCAUUGACAAACCAAAACCUGGAUUCAAGUCACAUGGAUGCAUUCACAACAUUUUGCAUUCAUGCAAGGAGUGGCGCCUACUCACUUCCAGAGAUUUUCCUUCUGCACUCUCACAUGGGCUUACUCUGACAUUUCCCCGAAAUGCGAACAUAGGUGCCUGGCCAGAAAAGUUCUGGCAAAUGUCUGGAGCAACAUUUGCAGACAUUUGUGUUCUCACUUACAGCCCCUAGUUAGAGAAAAUAUCCAGACUUCAGUGAAUGUCUGAAAGCACCAUUAGUCAAACCCGGCACAGCGAGUUAUUCCCUCUAGCGAAACUAACAAAAAGUGGAUCUCGACCCACACAAAAUGCCCUUGCACAGUGCGCUUUAGUUCAUGUGCUUGGAUUGUUGAAAUAGAGCCCGAGGUGUUGAAACAAGACCAAGCAACACUACAGCCUGUGCUAUGUUGGGUUUACAUUACAACAGUGGGCUCACACUGUGACAGGUAGGAUCAUAUAAACCGUAGAGAAAAUGUAUCCUUCUGACACAGCAACACAGAAAUGACCACCAAAGAAAGUGAAUAACAUUUAUUUUGUGUUUGUGAGGGAGGCUUUUUUCAGUGCUGCAAAUGAAGCAUAGUAUUGAUUCGAGCACCAUUUCUAGUAGCAGUAAAAGCUAAAUAGUUUCAACGGUUUGUGAUAGGAUGUUAUAGUAGAUAUUGAUUGAUUUAUUUUGUCAUGUUAUAAAGGAAACUAAAGUUUAAAUCUUAGGAAUCGACCAGAUAUUGGAACGACAGAAACUCAAUGUCAAUAUUGUUCGUUAUUCUUUCCAACAUUUGUUAGAAGACUUCAUGAAAGUAUUUACUAAAGAAUGUGAAGACAAAAACGUUGCUGUGCAUUAUAGUGCCAUGUAAUUUUAGGGUGAUGUCUGAUGUGUUAAUCAAGCUAAUUUCCGUGCUUCUCUGUAUAAAUGUGUUUGAUUUGUAUGAAUGUACUGUACAAUGUGUGCCAGACUUUGUCAAGUGUGGACUAUAAUCUUUGUUGUAUACAGACUAAAUUAUUUGUAUAGGAUAAUUAGUUAAUUUCAACCUGAGCCUCAUUUCUUUGUCAUCACUUCACUACAUAUUGUUGUCCUUUUUAAGUUGCAUUUGAUCUUAUUUCAAAACAGGACUCAAGUUGAAAAUAACCUGAAUUGUCCUUCAAACCAAAAAAUAAAUCUAGAUUAUUGAGAUUAUCAUUGCUGAAAUGAAAAUUAUUUUUUGUAAUUUGAGAUGAGAAAUUAUCAUAAGUGACUUUAAAAUUGUAUAUCACAUUUCUUUUUUUGUAAGAUUUCCAGAAGGUUUGUAUUGCUCUGCAUUGGUCAGUAAUGAAGUAUUUGCUUAAUGUAUAUUUUUUGCAACAGUCAAUAUGGUUUCAUGAGUUUACUAAUGACAUGACCUGCUUAUGAUUAAAUGUAGCUGUGCGUUGUUGCAAAGCAGUGAAAUUCUAUUGACGAUAACACCCUGAGCAAAAGUGUUUUGUUUUGUGACAAUUGUCUGAGACAAUGCAAGCUAAUGCAAUAAUCCACAACUUUUCACUAUCUCAAUUCUUUUGAAACCAAGCAUAAUAAUGUCUUGGCCUUUUUAAAUUGAUUUUUAUUGGGAACCUCUAAGCAGAUUGUCAAAUGUUUGAAAUUUUCUGGACGUUAUUAGGUUGGGAAAACACAGUAAUCUUAUAUUGGAAUAGAUAAGCUGCAGUGGGAAUGUUGCUGAAAGAAACACACCUGAUCAGCAGAAGAUUAAAUGAAAAUUAUUCUUUGAUUAAAAACACCAAUAAUAUAUUUGAUAUGAUUGAUUAAACAUUAUUAUCUCAUUAUGAAUGAUGAUAUUGAUGCACUGCAUGCACAAAAAUAAUAUUCCCUUUACUUUCAGUCAGUCCAGCCAUAUCCUGGUUUCCGAGCUGGAAUGCUGUGCAAUACAAUUGAGAUCAAAACAAAUGUUGUGGAUUAUAACCUUAAGUUGACCUUUAUUAAAGUGUCAAUAUGUGUCGUUGAGUUGGUUAAUAAACUAUUAUCUUACAAA